AUGUCGAAUCCCCGGCCCCACUCCGACGAAGAGGCCCGGGCCCCGGCCUCACCGCCGCCCCCGUACCCCGACGCAGACCCGGCCCCCCGCGAAGACCAGCCCCUCCUCCGCGACCCCGGCGCGGCCGUCACCUCCGGCGAAGCCUGGAAGCCCCCGCCAGGCUUCACCUGGAUCGAGCUGGCCAUCAUGUCCAACGUUUUCCUGUACGGCUUCGACGGGACCAUCACCGCCGCGACGUACGCCGUCAUCAGCUCCGAGUUCGACGCCGCCAACACCGCCUCGUGGCUGACGACGUCGUACCUCGUCACCAGCACCGCCUUCCAGCCCCUCUACGGCCGCUUCUCCGACAUCUUCGGACGACGCGUGUGUUUCUUCGUCAGCAGCGUCACGUUCGGGCUGGGCUGUCUCGGGUGCGGGCUGGCGCGGGACGUGGUGUUGUUGAAUUGCAUGAGAGCGCUGACGGGCUUUGGUGGUGGAGGGUUGAUGACAAUGGCAACAAUCGUCAACUCGGACAUGAUCCCCUUCCGCAAGCGCGGCAUGUACCAGGCCCUCCAAAACGGCAUGUUCGGCUUCGGCGCCGUGGCGGGCGCCUCCUUUGGCGGCUCUAUCGCCGACCACAUCGGCUGGCGCUGGUGUUUCCUCCUGCAGGUCCCUGUCUCUGUCCUGGCCCUCGUUCUCGGUGCGAUUGUGAUCAAGAACCCCGAGGGCGGCUUCGACAUCGACACGACUGACUUCAAGGCCAUCUGGACCCGCGUCGAUGUUUCCGGUGCGCUGUUGUUAGUCGUGGCUAUCUCGGUCCAGCUCGUCGGACUGAGCCUGGGCGGGAAUGAGUUGCCUUGGGGCAGUCCGAUCGUUAUUGGGACGCUGGUGGGAAGCGUGGUGCUGUUGGGCCUGUUCUUGGUCGUCGAGGCGAGAACGAGGGCUAUUCCUGUUAUCCCAUUGAGGAUGCUGAGGGGUCGGUUGCCGGUGUUGACGCAGAUUUCGAACGUUUGUGCUGGACUCGCUGCGUAUGCUUAUCUCUUCAUGCUGCCUCUUUUCUUCCAGGUCGUAUUGCUCGACUCUGCGACCAAGGCCGGUGCACGACUGGCCAUUCCAUCGCUCGCCACACCUCUCGGCGGCCUCGUUGCCGGGAUUGUAAUGUCACGUUGGGGCAAGCUCGUCUGGCUCGUUCGCACCGGAGCUUUCUUCAUGCUUUUCGGAAACGCCCUGGUGACGGCUCUGCAGUUUGAGGAUAGCAAUUGGAAGUACUUGGUCUACAUCUUCCCAGCGAAUCUUGGCCAGGGAAUUAUCUACCCCGCCAUCCUCUUUACGACACUAGCUUCGUUUGAUCACGCCGAUCACGCCGUGUCGGCAUCAACAGUCUACCUCGUCCGCUCCCUUGGCACCGUCUGGGGCGUGGCAAUCACCUCGGCCAUCGUCCAAACGACCCUGAGCGUCCGUCUGCCAGAUGCUCUCGGCGAUAUCCCUGACAAGUGGAGGCUCAUCGACGAGAUUCGUCACUCCGUGACAGCCCUCAAGACCCUCCCGGUGGAGGUGCGUCUCCCCGCUCGCAUGGUCUACUACGAAGGCAUCCAAUACGCGUUUGCUGCAUCCACCACGUUCGCAGCUAUCGCGCUAGUCGCGGCGCUGUUUGCCAGUCCCCGCGGUCUUCGGAGCACUCACAAUUGCUGCACUACGCUCAGGUUUGAGACGUUUUCAAAAGCUAAGAUGGCUUCAAAAGCCCCGGAGACCAGCGGCUCCGAGACUGACGUCAAUGUGCGCGAUGAGCUCCCUCCUUCCACCGGCGAGGUCCUAGGCUCUGUCGAACCACAUGUCUUCUCCAAUCCUAUACGUGCCGCACACUGGCAACAGGUCUACGAAACCGCGGCAUACGAGGGGAGACAUCGCUUCAAUGCGUCAUUGACAUGGUCGGCGGAAGAGGAGAGGCUUCUCAAGAAAAAGUUGGACUGGAGAAUCAUGACCUGGGUCUGGGUAAUGUUUUCCAGUCUCGAUUUAGUACGCAGGAACGUAAAUCGUGCAGUAUCCGACAACAUGCCCUCCGUAUCGAACACCUUUGCUAACCCUUCCACGUCCAGUGAUUAUAACACCGGUCAAACAAUCUACCUCGUCUGUUUCCUUGCCGCAGAACUGCCCGGUGGCCUGAUCAGCAAGAAAGUUGGACCCUUCAGAUACACUCCGACCAUCAUCACGAUGUUCGGUGCGCUGUGUGCCCUGCAGACGCUAAUGAACAGCCGAGCAAGCUUUUGGGCUUUCCGUGGACUUCUUGGUUUUGUACAAGGGGGCUUCAUUCCGGAGAUGGUGCUUUAUCUCUCGUACUUUUACAAGAACAACGAACUUCCCAUUCGUCUAAGUGUGUUUUACACAGUUAUUCCCAUCACACAGAUCUACGGUGCCCUCCUAGCGGCGGGGUUCCUCGCAAUGAGGGGUAUCAGAGGCUGGGCGGGUUGGCAAUGGCUUUUCCUCUUCGAAGGCCUCAUAUGCGUAAUCAUCGGUUCUAUAAGCUUCUUCGUCAUGCCUCCGUCUGUCUGCGAGCCCGCUCGCGCAUUCAGGCGCCCAGACGGAUCUAACAAGUGGUGGACAGAGCACGAGGAGGAGGUCCUCGUCAACCGUAUCCUCAGAGACGACCCUACGAAGGGUGACAUGAACAACCGAACAGCCGUAACUUUUCAAGGUCUCUGGUCAGCGCUGACGACCGUAGACUUGUGGCCCAUUUUUCUCGUUGGCCUCUUCGCCUGGAUUCCGUUCCAGCCGACAGCCAACUACCUGUCUCUCAUUCUUCGCGACAUGGGGUACUCAGUGUUCGAGUCCAACAUGCUUGCGAUACCAAGCUAUGCACUGUUCGCGAUCAAUGCAAGUAUAGUCCGACACAAAGUACCCAAGCACAAAACACUGAUACCUGAUGUUCAGGUCCUGAUCUUCGGUUGGUUAUCCGAGUACUUCAAAGAACGCUCCAUCAUAUCGUCCUGCAGCAAUAUCUGGAUGCUUCCUUUCUUCAUCGCACUUGUCGCUCUGCCCGAAUCGGCCAACCCCUGGGUCCGGUAUGCUUUGCUCACCGGGAUCAACUCGAUACCCUACACGCACUCCGUACUCGUCGGAAUGGCGAGUCGCAACUCACGUAGCGUGGGUACGAGAGCGGUCGCAACAGCUGUGUACAACAUGACGUAUCAGAUAGGCAGCAUAGCUGCUGUCAACAUCUAUCGUGACGAGGAUAAGCCGUACUAUUACACCGCCAACAAGGCUUUGAUUGGGCUUUGUGUAUUGAACAUUCUGCUAUUCAUCGGCAUGAAGCUGUAUUACAUUUGGCGUAAUCGUAUACUUGAGAGGAGAUAUGCAGAGGCUUCAGAGGCAGAAAAGCAGACGGCCAUCGAUAUGCGUUUUGCCCACUAG